ACACGCACAGCCAGACGAUGACAAUGGUGGCAAUGUUGGGGCGAAGGGAGCAGCUGGCGCUACUGUUAUUGGCUAUUUUUGCCUUUCAACAAUCUGAAGGACUCUUUAAGAAGCUGAUCACCAUUGAAAACGAUGGCAUUGAUGAGGAGAGCAGCGAGCAUGUUAAUAUAAAAUUUCCGACAGUCAAACUUCUUAAGCCAUUUAAUAUUUUUGAAAAGAAAAAGGACAGUUUGGGCUCCUUAAUAGAAAAUAAAUUAGAGAAAUGGGAGGAGAAAAAGGAAAAAUUCGAUGAAAAGUUAUUGGAGUUAUUUGACUUUUUCAAAGAAAAAGAGCACGCUAAGUUCGAAAAGAAGACUGAUUUCAAACCGCCAGCACCGCUGCAUAUUCCAGUACCAACACCAGCACCAGCAUUAUAUCCCGCACCAGCUCCAUAUCAUGUUCCAGCACCAGUAUAUGGACCGCAGCCGGUUCCAGCACCAGUCUAUGGACCGCAGCCGGCACCAGCGCCGUUUUACAAGACACCUGCACCCGUACUUGUCUACAAACCGCGACCAGCAGCCGCUGUCGCACCAGCUUAUGAACCACCAUCUGCCUAUAGUCAUUAUCCUCCAAGACCGUCGUCGAAAUAUGGGCAUUCAUCUGAUUCUUAUUCGCCAUCAAGGCCAGUGCCUGCAACGCCACAUCAUUAUUAUGAGGAACAUGAUUGCAGCCACGAGCAAACAUAUUCAUACAAGCUGCAGGAGCCAAUCAAAUACAAGCCAAAACCAAGACCAACAUCACAUUAUGCCGAUUGUGACUACGAAGUGCGUUAUUUCACAUAAGAUAAGUUCGAUUUACCAAUUAAAAUAAUAUAAAAUUAUUUAACACAAAAAAAAAAAAAAAUUAUUUCACAAAUCCAAAUAUUUCACUUAAUUUCACCUCAAGAGAUCUUUCAUAUAUUGUCACGUAGAUUUCAACUUCUAUUCCACGCUCAAUAUAGAAAAGUUGUUGGAAUAAUACGCCAUAUCUUGGUAAACCCCACGAAUCCUGUU